AUGUUUAGAUUAGCUGCUUAUAACUGUAAGACUGUGCCUGUCUUUUCAAGGUAUGGUUCUGGUAGAUUUGGUUCGACUCUGACUUUUGUUGAAGCUACUAAGGAUGGUAAGGUAACACCAUCGUCUUUAUCUGCAUUAAAUGCAUCUAGCUUGCUAGGAAACGAUAUCACGGCUUUGAUUGUUGGCUCGAAUGCACCUUCUGCUGUUAAUUCUCUGAAAGAGCUAGAUUGCCCUCAGUUGAAAACUAUUAUGGUGGCUAAGAAUGCAGCAUUUGAUAACUAUCUUCCGGAAAACCUGACUCCUCUGUGUGCAAACUUGCUGAAACAAUCAGGAUACUCUCACUUUGUAGCAGCCGCCUCAGCUGUUGGUAAAAACCUUUUGCCACGUGUUGGAGCUAUGUGCGAUAUACAACCUAUAAAUGAUGUUGUUCAGAUCAAAGAUAAGAAAACCUUUGUAAGGCCUGUAUACGCUGGAAAUGUGUUGCUUACUGUGGAAGACAGUCAAGAAAAGAAAAUAAUCAGUAUUAGAUCUUCCUCUUUCCCUGCUGCUGCAACGGGUGCUAACAGUGCUAGUGUUGAGGAUAUACCCGAGUUCGAGGCUUCUAAUAUUGAUGUUAAAUGGGAGGGUGCAAAUCUACUUCAGUCAGAAAGACCAGAAUUAGGCAGUGCUAAAAGAAUUGUUUCUGGUGGUCGUGGGUUGAAGAACAAGGAAACUUUUGAAAAGCUGAUUACACCACUAGCAGAUGCCUGUAAUGCCGCCAUUGGCGCCACUAGAGCUGCAGUAGAUGCAGGAUUUUGCGAUAAUUCUCUACAAAUUGGACAAACAGGUAAAGUUGUUGCUCCUGAGUUGUAUAUUGGUCUUGGAGUUUCCGGUGCCAUCCAACACAUGGCGGGUAUGAAAGACUCUAAGGUAAUUGUUGCCAUUAACAAGGACCCAGAAGCCCCAAUAUUUCAGUACGCAGACUUUGGUAUGGUGGGUGAUUUGAAUGAGAUUGUACCUGAGUUGACGGAAAAACUUCAGAAAGUAUAG